AUGUUAAGUUAAGCCAUUGAACGAGCAAAACAUAACAAACAUUUCGCCGGGAUUUCAACGCAUGUACGCGAAAUAAACUGCUUUUAAUUAGUGAAAUUUUCUGUGACAACUUAUUCGAAAGGUUGAAUCUGUUGCUUGUGGAUAUAUUCUAUCAUGCCGCACCAAAAGCAUGUUAAAAUUAAUCGCAGUAACGCGAAUAGGGCGGAUACAAACAACAACGUACCGGGGAAUCACGACAACCAUGCUCCUGCCAGACCUGUCCAGAAUGGCCAGCGUAUGCAGAAAUGUUGUUUUCCUGGAAUCUGCCCGGUUAAGGAUGAAAUGAUAGAUACUGAAAAUGUUGCGGAUGCGGUCCGUGUUGUAUGCAACAAUGAUGCAUGCACGGAAGGAAAUUGGAUGCAUAAAAGUUGUUUUGAAUCUUUCGAGGAAAGCGUGCUAUCGUAUCUACGCUCGUGCGGCCGUGCACGUAGCUGGAGUGAAAAACAACGAUUGCAAAAUUUAUGGACAAAGAAAGGGUAUGAUCUUGCAUUCAAAGCGUGUGAUUGCAACUGUGGAAAAGGGCAUCUAAGAAAAGAUUUGGACUAUAUAGCACCGCUUCAUGUAGAUAAUGCUGGUAAGAAGAAACACAAGAAGAAGCAAACAACUGGCAAACCUGAGCUGAAUACUGGCAAUGUUGUACCACGUGAGAGAAGACCAUCUGGUAACAACAACACAAAUGCAAACACUCCUAAUGCUAACACAAAAACUAACAAUACUGUUACAAAUGGAAAAGUUGAUAAUGCUGAUCAUGUGAAUGGCAAUUCUAUUCAUAUACGAAAGGCAAGCCCUAGUAUAACCAUCAUAAACAACCGAAAUGAUGAACGUCUGCGUGCCAACAGUAUAAGCAGUACCGGAAGUAGUCCACCAAAUUCUGCCUCAUCUGUAACCUCAGGUUCUGAUUCACCGGUGCCUCCUUCCCCGCAGAAUUCUGCAGUCAUACGUUUUGGACACAAGUCCAACUCCAGGUUCAGCUUCAUGGAAUCCUCAUCCAGUCCUGAUAAUAGUCCUAUAAGCGGGUCUUUGGCGAGCAUGUUUGCAAAACGCUGCGACUUGUCAGCCUUCAGCAUUCUUCCAAAGCACAAGCAGAAUCCUUAUCAUAUAAAGAUGGAGGAUGAUGCCCUGAAUGGAAAUGAUGAUGUUCAUUCGUUUGUUCUCAACCACUUGAGUUCAUACAAGAUUACAUCACUCCACUGUCUUUUGUGCAAAAAUGAGCUAUGUGUUUUCGAUCGUUACCCGUUAGUUGAUGGAACAUUAUUCCUAUCUCCCCAGGCUUAUGACAAUCAAGCACUACAAGUGAUUUCAGAGGGACGACUCCAGUAUAUCAACGCGGUCUGUGUUUCCUGUCUAGAGGGUGGAAAUGAUGUACGUUGUGUGGCCUGUAAACGUAAAUGGGAUGGUAGCUCGUUGCUGUUAGGUUCGAUGUAUUCAUACGACAUAUUUGCGGCAAUGCCUUGCUGUCAGAAGCGUCUCACUUGUAAGCAUUGUCGAAGGGCUGUCGUAGAUGUCGGGAGCGGUCUACCGUACUUCAGUGAGUACAGUCACAUGAUACCUUGUCCAUAUUGCAAGGCAUAUGAUUACCAUUUCAUACGACCUCUUUGCGAAACCUUUGCCGUGAAGAUGUCUAUAUGGAACUAAAGCAUAGCAAAUAUAUCCACUGAAGCUACUUUAUAGGGCAACUACAUAUGCAGUGAUAUUUUCUGUGCAGCUUUUUUACAUAACCUUACUGCUUUUAAAACUAUAUUUUUUGACCAUAUCGGAAGUGUGAACUACUUUCUUGACAUGUAACAAAUAAAGUGUGACUGACAAAUCUGUGAAUGAUGUGAUGACAGGUAAAUAUGUGAACAUUUUAUUGUAUGUAUGAAGGAUGUGUCCACAGUGUAAAGAAUGUACGGACAUUUGUUCAGCGGUACCCUAAUGAAUGUUUCUUGUUUACAGUUUGAUCAAAUUUUGGAACUCUCUUUUUUUUUUGGCGCAAAUUACAACGAACUGGUUAAAAACUUAAAAAAUGGUAAAAAAAGACUAAACAUUUUGUAACCUGUAAUGCAUUUUCAUGAUUUUCUGAAAGAAAAAUCUAUAUGGCCGAGACAUGCUAAUUGAUGCAGAACUAUUUCACAAGUUUCAAACUUACUGUUUAUUGGAUUUUAUACAUUCAUUUGUCAGAAAUUAUUUAAGCAGACAGAUAAUACGCUUGUUUUUUGCAUUAAUUAUUAAAUUAUACUAUUGUAUUUCAUUGAUUAACUGCAGCAUUUAUAUAAAAUAAUAUUUUAUUUGCCACACAUCUAAAUAACAAUUAGAACUUUUGAAAUAAUAUACUUUCGUCUGAGUAUUUCUUAUGAUAAAGGUAUUGAAAUGAAGUAGUUUAAACUAUUUCCAAAAAUUAAACUUUUGGUAAAUCCCCAACUCUGGCCUUUAAUGUGGCCUGUUUUUGCCACACAAUAAACUCAAAAAUAUUUAAAACCUACAUUUCAAUGCAUAAUACUUGCAAAACUCUAUCUUGAUGAAUUGUUAAAAGUCUGAAUGUUUUGAAAUAGAAUUUUAUCUUCCUAUACCCAUCAUAAAAAUUUAUUUUUUAUUCUUCUUUAAUAUGACAUUAUCAAAGUAUUUUAUACAACCUUUGAUUAAACUAUAUUUUAUUUAAUGUCAAGCUAACUGAUUUAUUUUUGUGUUGCAAUGUAGGUCAUUUUGUAAUGCCCUAUAGGAAAGAAUACUGGCAAAUUCACUUUUGGCAAUGCUAUCAAAAGAUUAUAAAUUAGUUUAUUUCACUGGUUGGUUGAAAAACAACUUACAUAUAUUGUGAAGUCUACAGCGAUUUCUUACAACUUCUCUUCUGUCUCAAAAAAAGUUUCAUUUCAUGUCUCAAGUAUGUUAAAUAUGGUAUGCAGUGUCAGACCUGAGUAUGGGUGUCAUAAGAAUAAUGCCAUAAGAAUUCCAUGGCAUGUGUAUACAGAUCUUAUAUGAGAUCUUAUAUGACUGCAUUGAGCACAUAUUCAUACUUUCCUGGAAUGAGUUGAUGUUUGAUGGAUAUAUCAUAUAAUAUGUACUCAAACUUUAUGUCAUGAGGAAUGUGCCAUGAGUGCAUAUACUGUGCAUUUGCCAUGAGUACUCAGAAUUUUAAGAUCCCCCAUGGAUUCUUUGAUGCCAUGGAUGUCCAGAUCAUUUUUAAAGGGGGGGGGGGGGGGGGGGCAAAACUAAUGGGAGCCCCAUAAAUUGUCCAAGCCAUAAGGAAUUUAUCCAAUAUCAAACUUGCGAGCAAUUUUAUACAUGUAUUGUUAAUCUGGUUGGAAUAAAAAUGACAAAAUAAACAGAAAAAAAGAAAACAAGUUCUCAUUACAAAUUGAAGUACACAGAUAUUUUUAUCUCAAGAAAUAAAUUCAUUUGAUAGAAGAAAAAAUACUGUUUUAAGUAAUUUGUUAAUCAGUAAGUAUUGCGCAAUAUGUAAUAAAAGAACCAAAAAAAAAAAAUCUCCUUGCUAUUUAAUGGAUUUUUUUUCAAUGAAAACAAGCCAAACAAAUAUCUAGUAUCGCCAAAAAUAGGACAGAUGGUCUAGUUCAAGGUUGCUAGAAUCAAUAAUGGUGAAUUAUCACUGUGGUUUUAAUCGGGUCGCGCUAGGGUUAUUUUUAUAUAUGUCUCUUCAGCUGUUAUUGACUAAGGAUCUGUAACUAGUAAUUUAUAAGGUUGCGUAUGGCCAUGAUUUUACAUAGGACAGUUUAUUCUUAAUUAAGAAUUUAUUUGAAAUUUCGUUUCUGUUUUGCUGGCGUUAAAUGAGAAAAUCAUGGAUUCAUUAUACAAAAGUCCCUCAGUUUUAUGUGUUUAAUAUUCAUUAACUGGGAAUAAUUGUUUUUCAAGAUAAUGAAACUGUUUUAAUGACUUGAGUUUACCGCAUUUUGCGGUCUAUUAAAAUUUUCAACACUUCAAAAUUCAAUUGAAAUUUUAAUUCAACAGUUUAAAAUCAUGAACAGAUCAUCUGAUGAA